AUGAAGGAGAAGUUGCCGGAUUGCAGGAACGAUAAUUAUGAUCUUUACAUCCCAGCUAGUCAGUAUCAGUUCAAAUUGUUUCGUAAGAAUAUUGGAUUCGAGUUGGAUGAAAGUCACAACACCAGUUUCUUUGAUUGUCAGGACACGUGCUUGAGGAAUUGUUCUUGUGUUGCCUAUGCUUCUUUAAAUGAUAACGGAACUGGAUGUAAGAUUUGGCCCAAAGGAAUGAAAUUGGAAUCAUUUGAUGCUUUUGAUUUUUCAAGACAGAUAUAUAUACUUGAGUCAAAAAAAGGAUUGAGAUGGCAAAUAAAAGGACCCUUUUAUCAAAAUGAUUUGGAUCUCACAAUUUUUUUACUGUCCCAGGGUAACUUUCCUGACGGGCAAGUUAUAGCAGUAAAAAGGCUUUCAAGGAGGUCAGGACAAGGAUUAGUGGAGUUCAAGAAUGAGAUUUUACACAUUGCCAAGCUUCAACACAAUAAUCUUGUUAGGCUUUUGGGAUGUUGUAUUGAAAGAGAAGAAAAGAUGCUUAUCUAUGAGUACAUGCCCAACCAAAGCCUCGAUAUCUUCUUAUUCGAUCCCAGUAAGAAGUCAUCCUUAGACUGGAAGAAGCGUAUCACAAUCAUCGAAGGGAUUGCUCAAGGAAUACUUUACCUUCACAAGUAUUCAAGAUUCAGAAUAAUUCAUAGAGAUUUAAAAGUUAGUAAUAUAUUACUUGAUGGAAAGAUGAAUCCAAAAAUAUCAGAUUUUGGUAUGGCUAGAAUAUUUGGGGGGAACGAAUCUGAAGCAAACACAAAAAGGGUUGUUGGGACAUAUGGUUACAUGUCUCCCGAGUAUGCAAUGGAGGGAAUUUUUUCAAUUAAAUCUGAUGAGUUUAGUUUUGGAAUGUUGUUGCUUGAGAUUGUAAGUGGCAAGAAGAACCAUAGUUGCUAUCAUUAUGAACGUCCACUCAACCUUAUAGGAUAUGCAUGGGAAUUAUGGAGAGAAAAUAGAGGUUUGGAGCUUAUAGACCCAACGUUGGACAAUUCAUAUCAAAAUACUAUUCUACAAGGCCAGCCGAUCAGAGAUUGGGAGUGCUUGGUUUCAGCUAACGGGGUCUUCAGAUUACAAUUCUUCAACGUCGGCACUUCAAAGGACCGUUACUUUGGAAUAUUGUUUGGCUAUGUGCAGGAUGACAUUAGCAUGCGAGAUGCAGCGUGGGUUGCCAACCGAAACAACCCAAUCCCUGACACAACUGGAUAUCUGAUGAUGCACAACAAUGGCACAUUGAGCUUUCAUAUAGUAACAAUGGUCUUAUUGAACUAUGUUCUCUUUCAACAAGAAGCAACACAAGUGCCACACUAUUUAUGUGGUAAAGUUUCGGAAUUGAUGCCAUCUUUAGGUGGAUGUUACAGCAUCAAUCAUGAUGACAGGUGUAUGAAGGAGAAGUUGCCAGAUUAUUCUUUUACCGUGUCUCAGGGCAACUUUCAUGAUGGGCAAGUUAUAGCAAUAAAAAGGCUCUCAAAGAGUUCAGGACAAGGAUUAGUGGAGUUCAAGAAUGAGAUUUUACUAAUUGCCAAACUCCAACACAAUAAUCUUGUUAGGCUUUUGGGAUGUUGCAUUGAAGGAGAAGAAAAGAUGCUAUUCUAUGAGUACAUUCCCAACGAAAGCCUCGAUUUCUUCUUAUUUGAUCCUAGUAAAAAGUCAUCCUUACAUUGGAAGAAACGUAUCAACAUCAUCAAAGGGAUUGCUCAAGGACUUCUUUACCUUCACAAGUAUUCAAGAUUCAGAAUAAUUCAAAGAGAUUUAAAAGCUAGUAACAUAUUACUUGAUGAAAAGAUGAAUCCAAAAAUAUCAGAUUUUGGUAUGGCUAGAAUACUUGGGGAAAAUGAAUCUGAAGCAAACACAAAGAGGGUUGUCGGAACAUUGUGAGAAAAUAUAUAUUGCAUCUACAAGUGAUGUCACGUGAACAUAUUUUAUUAGUAUAUCCUCAAAUGUUAACAAUUUUCCUCAAUCAUUAAUUCAGAAGUUACAUUGUCUCCCGAGUACAUAAAGGAGGGUAAAUUUUCAAUUA